UCUGCCGGUUGACCUUUCCGUCGUGUGGAACGGAAACUUUGUCAUCGACAACCCGUUCGACAUACAAGCCCACCUUUACAAGUGCAGGGCUUUGCGGGACAGCUGUGGUAUGUGUCUGAAGGCCGACCCCAGGUUCGAGUGCGGUUGGUGCGUCCAGGACAGGAAGUGCUCCCUCAGGCAGGAGUGCACCGGUGGAGGAAACGCCCACCUGCCUCUGCAGCAGAGCGAUGUCGGAGGGUGGAUGCACGCCACCGCCGGAAACAGCCGAUGCACCAACCCCAAGAUCACCAAGCUGUUCCCAGAGACGGGGCCCCGGCAGGGGGGGACGAGACUCACCAUCCUGGGGGAGAACCUGGGUCUGCAGUUCCGGGACAUCCAGAUGGGCGUCAGGCUGGGCAAGGUGCCCUGCGUGCCCAUCGAGGAGGAGUACGUCAGUGCCGAGAGGAUAGUGUGUCUGCUGAACGACGCCACGGGCUACAGGGUCCAGGAGGCCCAGGUGGAGGUGUGUGUUAGAGACUGUGUCAACGACUACAGAGCCCUGUCACCCAGGCCAUUCACCUUUGUGACCCCAUACUUCACCCGUAUCCAGCCGUCUCAGGGGCCCAUUUCCGGCGGCACCAGGGUCACCAUCGAGGGGAGCUAUCUCAACGCCGGCAGCUACGUGUCCGUCAGCAUCGGACCACAGCCGUGCUACUUCAAAAAGAGGAAUGCCCGGGAGAUUGUGUGUGUCACUCCGGCUGGGCUGGCACCAGGCAGCACGUCCGUCUUGGUGGACAUCGACGACGCCGAGCUCAGAAACCCAGAGGUUCGGUUUAACUACACCGAAGAUCCCACUGUCCUCAAGAUUGAACCUGACUGGAGCAUCGCCAGUGGUGGGACACUGCUGACAGUGAGCGGGACCAACCUGGCAACCAUCAGAGAACCGAAGAUCAGGGCCAAAUAUGGGCAGGCCGAGUCCUUCCAUAACUGCACGGUGUAUAACAACUCGGUGAUGGUGUGCCUGGCUCCGUCAGUGGCAGAUUCGGAGUUGGGCUUUUCGGAGACCGGCACCGGCCCAGAUGAGAUCGGUUUCUACAUGGACAAUGUGAACGCCCUGGUGGUCGUCAACGAGACCUUCAGCUACUACCCAGACCCCGUGUUCGAGCCGCUGAGUCCUUCUGGGAUUCUUGAGCUCAAACCCACAUCACCACUCAUACUCAAGGGCCGAAACCUGAUCCCCGCGGCUCCAGGUAACAGUCGUCUGAACUACACGGUGUUGAUUGGAGAGACUCCCUGCAUCCUCACCCUGUCUGAGAGCCAGCUGCUGUGUGAAUGGCCCAACCUCACCGGACAGCACAAAGUCACGAUCCGUGCCGGCGGGUUCGAGUACUCCCCUGGGACGCUCCAGAUCUACUCUGACAGCCUGCUGACGCUUCCCGCCAUCAUUGGCAUCGGAGGGGGCGGCGGCCUGCUCCUGUUGGUCAUCAUCGCCGUGCUGAUCGCCUAUAAGAGGAAGUCGAGGGACGCUGACCGCACCCUGAAGCGCCUGCAGCUCCAGAUGGACAACCUGGAGUCCCGAGUGGCUCUGGAGUGUAAAGAAGCUUUUGCCGAGCUUCAGACGGACAUCCACGAGCUGACCCAGGAGCUGGAUGGAGCUGGGAUUCCCUUCCUGGACUACCGGACCUAUGCCAUGAGGGUGCUCUUCCCCGGCAUCGAGGACCACCCCGUGCUCAAGGAGAUGGAGGUCCAGGCGAAUGUGGAGAAGGCCCUGACGCUGUUUGGCCAGCUGCUGACCAAGAGGCACUUCCUGUUGACCUUUAUACGAACCCUGGAGGCACAGAGGUCGUUCUCCAUGCGGGACCGAGGCAAUGUGGCGUCUCUGAUUAUGACGGCCCUGCAGGGGGAGAUGGAGUACGCCACCGGAGUCCUAAAACAGCUGCUGUCCGACUUAAUCGACAAAAACCUGGAAAGCAAAAACCAUCCCAAACUGCUGCUCAGGAGAACGGAGUCCGUUGCUGAGAAGAUGCUGACCAACUGGUUUACAUUCCUCUUAUAUAAGUUCCUCAAGGAGUGUGCCGGGGAGCCUCUGUUCAUGCUUUACUGUGCCAUGAAGCAGCAGAUGGAGAAGGGACCCAUAGACGCCAUCACCGGAGAGGCCCGCUACUCCCUCAGCGAAGACAAGCUCAUCAGGCAGCAGAUCGACUACAAGACGCUGACUUUGCACUGUGUAAACCCGGAGAACGAGAACGCCCCGGAGGUGACGGUCAAGUGUCUGAACUGCGACACCAUCACCCAGGUCAAAGAGAAGCUGCUCGAUGCCGUGUACAAGGGCAGCCCCUACUCACAGAGGCCCAAGGCUUCAGAUAUGGACCUGGAAUGGCGUCAAGGUCGGAUGGCCAGAAUCAUUCUGCAGGAUGAAGACGUCACCACUAAGAUAGAUAAUGACUGGAAGAGACUCAACACACUGGCUCACUACCAGGUGACAGACGGCUCAGUGAUCGCCUUGGUGCCAAAGCAGAACUCUGCCUAUAACAUCUCCAACUCCUCCACUUUCACCAAGAGCCUCAGCAGAUACGAGAGUAUGCUGAGGACAGCCAGCAGUCCAGACAGCCUGCGAUCCAGGACUCCCAUGAUCACCCCCGACCUGGAGAGCGGAACCAAACUGUGGCAUCUGGUGAAGAACCACGACCACUCGGAUCAGAGGGAGGGCGACCGAGGCAGCAAGAUGGUCUCGGAGAUCUACCUGACCAGGCUGCUCGCUACAAAAGGUACGUUACAGAAGUUCGUGGACGACCUGUUCGAGACCAUCUUCAGCACGGCCCACCGAGGCAGCGCCCUGCCGCUCGCCAUCAAGUACAUGUUCGACUUCCUGGACGAACAGGCCGACAAACACUCCAUCAAUGACUACGAUGUACGACAUACCUGGAAGAGCAACUGUCUGCCGCUGCGGUUCUGGGUGAAUGUAAUCAAGAAUCCCCAAUUUGUGUUCGACAUCCAUAAGAACAGCAUCACAGAUGCCUGUCUGUCUGUGGUGGCCCAGACCUUCAUGGACUCCUGUUCAACAUCAGAACACAAACUAGGGAAGGACUCACCUUCAAAUAAGCUGCUGUACGCUAAAGACAUCCCCAACUACAAGAACUGGGUAGAGAGGUAUUACUCUGAUAUCUCCCGCAUGCCAGCCAUCAGUGACCAGGACAUGAGUGCCUACCUGGCCGAGCAGUCCCGCCUGCACCUCAGCCAGUUCAACAGCAUGUCCGCCCUGCAUGAGAUCUACUCCUACAUCAUCAAAUACAAAGACGAGAUCCUGUCGGCACUACAGAAGGACGAACAGUCGCGCAGACAGAGGCUACGCAGCAAGCUGGAGCAGGUCAUCGACACCAUGGCCUUGGCCAGCUGAGGACCGGCCAAUCACACGCUUUGGCUAGCUGAGGACUGGCCAAUCAACACGCCUUCCCUGACAACCUUUGACAUCUGUGACAUUUUGACUCUUGACCUUUGACCUUGGACAUUUUGACCCUCAUGAAAUUAAAAAAGAAAAAAAAAAAAAAAAACAAAUAAUAAUAAAAUAAAAACACAAAUAAAAAGACAAAGCGCAGAAAGACUGCACGUACACCCAGCAGCAGCAGCACACUGGAGAGACAGCAGAGUUUGUAACUAAAGCCCCGGCUGGGUUGGCUUGUUUUUUUUUUUUUUUUUUUUUUUUUUUCUUUCUGAGCCACCAAUCCAGCCCUGAACAACCAAAUCAAACGCACCCUCAGCCUCAACUGAUACAGACCUCACCUCAGGAGAGCGUUUAUUUUCAUCAAGGCCCUCAUCAUCUCUUGAGUCGCUCGGUCCUGUGGAAGCGCCGGUCGUGUUCUGUGGCCACGUACGCGCCGUAAAGUCAGAGCCACAAUCAGGACGGGUGCAUGCACAGUGGAGACCUGCACCGGUCUAGCUGGGGGCUCACCUGGCAACAAAGGUACAAGACAGCAACUGGUAGCUAUCCACAGCCAAGGCUACCGUUUGGACUGCAAAGUCACAAAACCCCGGGUCAUAUCAUCACGACACUCCACUGAUCCCUGUGAGGACGUUCUCUUCUCUCUUGCCCCUCCUCCACAGGGAGGUCAGAGGUCAGGGUCUACUGCAGAAGAGCCACAUUUGUGCUGGCAGGGAUCCAGGGACUUCAGCACGCUGGAGCUUAGAACCCGGGUCGUCCGGUGGAAGGAUGGCCUCUUUAGCCACGAGGCCAACCUGCUGCCUGUGCAGGGGAACUGAGGAGGAAGGCCCCUUCCUCUACCUCCUGCCAGUAUCGCCCUCUCUCCACAGGGACUCCACUGCAGUCAAACGAAGGACGUUUUCAGUUUUCUGACUCUGCGUUGGAUUUGUUACUGCGUUUGAUUCCGUUUUUGAUUUCCGUUCCUCAACUGCCUACUCUCCCCAGUGCUGUGCCACUUGUGUUACUGCUGAAUUUGCACAAUUUACGACAAAGCUAAAUCAAAAGAGAGAAGAGGAUAUAUGAAUAUUAUAUAUAUAUAAAUAUAUAUAUAGAUAUAUAAAUACAAACUUUGUUUUUAAAGAAAUGAAAAGAGUUGAAAAAAGUUUUCCAUUUUAAUGUACAAAAGAUAACUUUGAGAAGAGCAUUUGAUAUUUCCAAGAUGAAAAAUUAUGGAAACACAAGGAAAAACUCGUCCUGUGCCAUGUUUUAUUUGAAUGUUGUGUAGUGCAAAGAGACUUCUUUUCGUUAGAUGAAAUGUGCUAUGAUGAAAAAUGUUGUCAUGCUUAGUGACUGAAAGUGAGAGUAUAAAAACAUAGGUAAACGGCAAAAAUAUAUAUAUUAGAAACAAUUUAUAUAAUUCAUGAAGUCUUGGGGCCUUUCUCAUGCUUUGGCUCUCAAGGUGCUAGACGGGCACAGGAUGCCUGAAACGGUUUUCACCUGGGAGCCAACCGACCUACAGCGAUAUUGUGUUUGUUUUAGAGAAACCAAAUACAUAGAGGCUUGGUCAUCUCACCAGUUUAGAUGAGACAAGAUCCAUUUUUUUGGAAGCCGGCCUCACGCUAUGGUAGUAGACUACUACAGAGGCGCUUGGUAGUAAUUUUAGUUGAAUCCUGGCACACCGCGCUCUACAACUCUUCAAUCUUGUUUUGCAGAGUUCCCCUCUUGUCUGAAACAAUAUAUAAAGAGUGCCAUCCAAAAUGAAGGCCAAUCUUGAAGUGGGGAACAAGGUGAACAGUAUUGUCUUAUUUUUGACUUGUUUUCUGGUCUGCAGUGAAGGUGGCAAAGCUAUUGAAAAAAUGUUUUGAAAUGCAAACAUCAGUGGUAUAUGACAAGAUAAUGAAAUGUAGCUCGAUCUCUGUGAGUGUUUUUGUACCAGUUGAAGGCCUUUCUCUCUUUUUUUUGUCAUGUGGCUUAUUGAAAAAAAAAAUGUUUGUGAAAUGAUUUAUUUUCCUUCCAGUUUGUGCUGCUCCAGGUUACCUAGCAGUGCAUCAAAAAAAAAAAAAAAAAAGAAAAGGAAAAAAGAAAAAGAAACACGCAAAAUUCAUGCCUUUCUCCUGUGAGUCUAAACGGAGUGCAAAAAGACUGAAAGAUGUAAGGGAAGUCAGGGUAAUGUAGAAUCUGUCCUCUGAGAGCGUGUGAUGAAAUGUAUAGCACAUAGGGCAGUCUCACCAAGGAUCAGUGAGAUGGAUGAAAUUCAAGAAAACUCCUCAUAUAUCCUCUACUUCUCGCUGUUUGAGGUGGUAUUCUCAUCCUGCCUCAAAGUAGGUCAGAAUACAUCAGAAGUACAUUUUAGAUUAUAAAGGAAAUUGUUAUUAAUUCUGAUGUUUUUUUUUUGUUUUUUGUUUUUUUUGGUGGCAGAGUGGAAAUGCGUUUUUGACAGCACUUAAACCAUUUAACACAUUGGAGUCUUCUGCUUCCGUCGAGUACACAUGGAAUAGAGGCUUUGCAGGAACAUCAGAAACGUUGGCUGGCACCAGUGGCCUGGUGGAUUUGGUCCAAAUUGUUGGUUACUGUGACACAGUGAUCUGUUUUUAGUCGUAGCCCUCACACAAAAGCACAGACACUUGUAGCUUGAAAAGAAUCAGCUCAAUCAACUUUAACUUUUUUUUUUUUUUUUUUUUUUUUUUUUUUGUGAGGGUUUGGGUUAGUUUUCCAGGGGGUUCGUUUGGUGAUUAGAGUUUUAGCUGCGAGUCAAGAAGCUAACUUGGCAAAGCCACUAUCAUAAAAGGAAAUACCUACAUAUUUUCAAUCAUCAUGCUGAUCAAUUCUGAUCAAAAAAGGUUCAAAAAGGUUCAUUAUGUUUACUUUUUCACAUGAGAGUUACUGUUCCUUUUUUCAGACAAAAAUUAAGGUAUUACAUGUUUAUUUUUUACCUUGACAUGUUUCGACUGGUGUCUCCUGAUGGAUGUGACAUGUCAUUUAUCAGCUGUUUUUCUUAGGCGAGGUCAACCUGGUGGAUCUGACAGAUCCACCAGAUUGACCACGCCCCCCGCCGUCCCAGGUGUGCGAGAGCAUGAAAGCUCCCGUCAGGAGACGCUUCUGAGGAAGACUGCAGACGCCAGUCGAAACAUGUCCAGGUAAAAAAUAAACAUCUACUACCUUACUUUUUGUCUGGAAAAAGAAACAGUAACUCUCAUCUGAUCAAAAAUGCAUCGAUUACCUGUGGAGCUGUAUGGCUCUCAUGUUGAAGGAAGAGCUGCUUUCCAAUACGGUCCAAAGGGACAAAGGGAAACCUCAACGGAAAUGUGUCCCUUUCACCACACAAGAUAUUCCCAGUGCAGUGACGCCUGCCCACAUCUGACAUUCUCAUUAUCUGCAUCCUGAAUCAGGAGUAAACUGCAGUCCUAACUGUGCGCAGUGUCUGCACCGGUAGAAAGUUAGAAGGUAAAACAUUCAAAUGUUCCAGUGGUGUGUUAACAUCACAUCAGAUUUCCCAUAAACGCCUACUGUGGAAAGCAUACACACCAAAUCUCCUAGUUCUUCCACUUCUUCCAGUUACAAGUGAACCCAACCAAAGAGCAGAAGCCAGCAGCCUGAACAAACAAUGCUAAGAAGUACCAAGUAGGCCACUA